AUGGCUGAGUAUGAGGCAUGUAUCCUGGGCAUCAAAGCUGCCAUUGAUAUGAAAAUUCAGUUCCUGGACGUAUAUGGAGAUUCAACCCUGGUAGUGAGUCAGAUUAAAGGAGAUUGGGAUACCAAGCAUGAAAAUCUUAUUCCCUACAGAGAGCAUGUGCUGUCUUUGAUCCCACAUUUUGAAGAGAUUACCUUUGGACACGUUCCACGAGGAGAGAAUCAGUUGGCAGAUGCAUUAGCCACCAUGGCAUCUAUGUUUGAGAUUAGCUGGGAUGAUGAAGCUCCCAAGAUUACUAUUGAUAGAUUUGAGAAGCCUGCAUACUGCACUGAGAUUGAUACUGAAGGAGGAGAGGAAAAGCCUUGGUUCUAUGAAGUAAAAAGAUAUCUUGAAACUCAGGAGUUCCCUGAAGGGGCAUCUGUCAAAGAUAAGAAGUUUCUGAGGAGGUUUUCUGCUAAGUUCUUCCUGAGUAAUGGAAUUUUGUACAAACGCAAUCAUGAUUCAACUUUGCUUCAUUGUGUGGAUAAGAAGGUUAAGCCAAAGGCAUAUCAGGAUGAUGACUUGUGCUUGAUUAUUGAUCCUGAAGUGUUGUGGAGCAAGAUUGCACGUGAAACCAAGGCAAAUCGUGGCACAUUGAAGCAUAUUCAAAGCUUGGAGUAUUAA